AUGUCUGCUUCCACUCCCAACUCUGGGGCAGCUUCCCCCAGUCGGCAAGCGGGUCGCCCCUCGCGGUCCAAAAGUGACUAUGAGGACGUCAUAGAGCGGACCCCAGAGUACGAAGCUUUCAUGAGACAAUUGGACGAGUUCAACAAGCAGUUCGGAGUGACCAUGCACCGAGAACCUGUACUGGGCGGGAAACGGCUGGACAUGUACCGCAUAUAUCAAUGGGUACUCGAAGCGGGAGGUUUCGAUCAAGUUACAGCUGCGCGUGGGUGGAAGCGCGUAACAGACCCGUUCAACCUGCCAGCGACCUGCACGAACAGCGCGUACGUCGUGAAGCAACUGUAUCAAAAGUAUCUGUGGGCGUACGAACAGGUCUACGUGCAUGGGAAGCCGACACAGGCAUUGCUUACACAAAAGCGGCCGUUCGACCAGCUAUCCACUGGCACGGGUGAAGAUGCGGCCUCGAUCCCAAACUCGCCAGAGAUACGCCCAAAACGCAAAGGCGCACCAAAUCCCAGCGCCAUGAAUGUUAAUUCUGCGUCUCCACCGCCGCCAAUGACCAUACCCAACUCAAAUGUCCCUCCGCAACGCAUACAGUUUGCACCCGACGAACCUCUCCACAAGCGACUGCGGUUGAUGGCAGAGGCUAAUCAGGGUGCGUCUCCACGGCACUCUUCGCACCAAUUGCAGAUACAAACCCCAGGGUCAUCGUCACAAACACCAUCGCAAUCCCACACACACCAUCGAUCACAGCACCCUCGACCGCCAGCCCCGCCCACCCCUAUAGAACCAGCUCCACCGAGGCGGUAUCGAGCAGCUCCCGCCUCAGCGCCUCAGAAUCCAGACGAUGACGGCAUAGAUGAAAAAUACCUAUAUGGGGCAUGGCAAAAUCGAUUGAAACUCGCUUUGGCGUCUCAGCUGCCGAAUGAAGUCGAUUGGGCAUUUACAAAACUUGUCAGACUUUCCUACGUAAAGAACUUUUACCUGGGAGUGUUGCCAGGCGUGCUAGAAGAGAUUCUUGAGCACGCGAGUCCCAUACUUGGUGAAAUGGAGAUCCGAAAGCAGGGCGGUCACAUCGAGACACAAACGAAAUCCGGGGGCGAAAUACCCACGAUUACUGGGAAGAGCCUACUACACAGUUCGACACUUGCCAUUAAGCUGGAACGAUGCCUGCAGGUGCUCCAUAUCAUACGAAACCUGGCGUUCUAUCCCGACAAUGCGCUCUAUUUCAGCAAAGAUUUCACGCUUCUUACGUAUAUAUCAAAAGGCUUGGCGCUUCCUUUCGCGACCAUGUACCUUGACAUCAAGCAUCAAUCGUUCGAGGUGUUGGAGCAACUGUCACCAUUUAUACUCCUUCAAGGGCCGAACGAUUAUUUUUUGGCUGUUCUCCGACAAACAGCUUUGCAGGACGACAAAUCCCUGAUCAUUUCCGCCGCGCGGACGCUUACCGCUUUUUGCGCGAACGAGAUCAAUGCAAAGAUCCUUGUCGCGAGUGAUAUGAAACCGAUCAUCACACGAUUCCUGCAGCUGCUGCUUGUGCCAGAUGAGGAGCUUGUCACCGCGGUGCUCGAUUGGUUCUAUGAGUUUUCGAAUUUGGGAGAGGAAGCGUGUGUCUCGAUUGUGGAGGGAGCGGAGUAUAACGCUCUGAAACUGCUGGUCAAGUUUCUGGCGUGGCAGGGAUUUGGGAAGCGACCAACAGGGCCGCCGCCGAGUCACACAACUCCGGUUGUGCCUCCCGGAACGCGGCCGAGGUCAUUCUCUUCUGCUGCCAAGGCACUCACACCGACAUCCGUGGUCAAUGGCGCUCCUCCGCUUGUUAAUGGAGUGCCAAAGUAUCAGGCACCCAUGCCCGAUAGUAACGCCGCAGUUCCUAUGACCGGUGUUGAGUACGCUCCCCCUGUGGGUACUCCAAUAUCGUCAAUCCCUGGCGUCCCGGGAUAUAGCCAGCCUCCGAUUGGAAGUGCGUACCCCGCAUAUGCCCUUCCUGCGCCAGUACCCCUCCCAUACCACCUACCUGGCGACCUGCAGCAUCUCUAUCCCGCGAACGAUCAGUCAUCGGCUCCAAUGGAUACUGCGCCUCCCCAACCCCAGCUUGACGCGACAACUGCCCCCUGGCCAUGUUGGUGGAACAGAACCGCCCACUCGAAUGCAAAUGAGGGAUGUCGCCAGUGUUUCGCCACCAAAGCGGAGUUGUUUGCCCACCUCCAACAUGAUCAUCUAGCCCACGGCAGCGACCAAGCGCAUGAUGGAUGCCGAUGGAAGGGAUGCUCCAGCGGCAAGGGCCAACGAUGGGCCCCCAACAAAAUCCUACGACAUAUUACGACGCAUUUCGGGGACACCCCGAACGGCUCCCCCUCCAAAACUACUUCGGAAUCUCACACCCACGCAAAGCUCGUCGCUCAAGAGAGGAGACCUAGCUUCCCUGGAUCGUACGUAGCGCCAUUAUCAGCAUCCGGGCCAGAAGAUGAUCUUAGAGGCAUCCCGUUGACCGCGAUGCUAGUCCUACGGAACCUGGCGAGGUCCCCGGCAAAUGGACCGGCGUUUGCCGCCAUUGAGGGGUCGCUGGUGGCGAAGAUGUGUGCGGAGAAACGGUUUUGUAAGGGGCUCGCGGGCGUUUUGGGUGAGCUUCAGGCGCGCAAGGAGGCGUGA